AUGGUUUUGAUCAUAAUUUCAUUAUGUUUCUUCUUUUUCUCACCUUCCCUUUCGGAUCCACGAGCAUCAGUAUCCGGGUUUUUAUGCAAAGGCUCCAAUGUUCGUGCCGAUGGGAAUUUCGUUUUCAAUUACGUGAACCUUAUGCGAACCCUAACCGGUUUAAUUGAAAAAAAUCGAUUUGGAGUACAUUCGAUUUCCUCUCCGAGGCCGGGAAUUUUUGGGUUAGCCCAAUGCCAUCAGGAUUUAUCUCAAGAAGAUUGCAAUAUUUGUUUUACAGAAGCGAAAAAGAAACUCGACCGAUGUCUUCCGGCCAUUGGAGGAUCGAUUUAUUUAGAAGGUUGUUUUGUUAGGUAUGAACAGUAUAAUUUUUGGGGAGAAAGUGUCGACAAGGUCGGAAAAUUGGAAAAUAAGUGCGGUAAUUCGACUGAUAUAACGAGAGAUAAGUACAUCAAAGCAGAUUUUACUAGCAUAGUUAAUGCAGCAGUAAUGAAUGAGACUCUAUCGGCUGCAUCGAACAAGGGAUAUGGGACGACCGAGGUGAAACGGGGAUUGAUCAAUGUAUAUGCAUUAGGUCAGUGCUGGAACACUUUGGAUGCGCAAAAAUGCACGCAGUGUUUGAAUGAGGCCGGGGUCGAGAUAGAUGUAUGUUUGCCUGGCGCCGAAGGACAAGUCUUGAAUGCCGGUUGCUAUUUGAGGUACUCGACUCAUAAUUUCUUCGAUAAUGCUACUGCAAAAUUGGAAAAUGAUGGAGGCAAUGCUGAAUCUACAUUAACCAUUGUAUUGAUCCCAGUAUCAGUACUCUUAGUGCUUUUCUGUGCUCUUGGAGCGUACCUUGGAUACAUAAGAUAUUCAAACACAAAACAAGAGUGCAAGAAGGUUGUUGUUAUGCCCAGUUCGUUUCAAUCAUCGGAAUUUAACUUCAAGUACGAAAUACUCGAGAAAGCAACGGAUUUUUUUCACCCCUCGAACAAACUUGGCCAAGGAGGAGCUGGCACUGUGUAUAAAGGGACCCUUCCUAAUGGAACAGUGGUUGCUGUGAAAAGAUUGUUCUUCAAUACACCACAAUGGGCCGAUAAAGUUUUCAAUGAGGUCAACUUGAUUAGCGGGAUUCAGCACAAGAAUCUCAUAAAAUUUUACGGUUGUAGCGUCGAAGGGCCAGAUAGUCUUCUCGUGUACGAAUUCGUGCCUAACAAAAAUCUUGAUCAAAUACUCUUUGAUAGGAAAAUAGCUCAACCGAUAAGUUGGCAUAAGCGAUUAAAUAUAAUUUGUGGAAUAGCUGAGGGGCUUAAGCAUCUUCAUGAAGGCUGUCAAGCUAAGAUUAUCCACAGGGACAUUAAAAGCAGUAACAUUCUGCUCGAUGAGAAUCUCGAGCCAAAAAUAGCUGAUUUUGGACUAGCUCGACGUGUUAGUACUGAUAAAUCCCAUAUCAGUACCGGAGUUGCAGGAACCGUAGGUUACCUUGCUCCUGAAUAUCUCGUUCAAGGUUGCUUAACUGAGAAGGCCGACGUAUACGCAUUCGGCGUGCUGUCCAUAGAAAUAGCGUGUGGCAGAAAAAACAGCAUCUUCGUGAAUGAUUCCGUUUUACAAUCCGUAUGGGAGAACUACAAAUCGAAAACAAUUACUCGAACAAUUGAUUCGCGGUUGAAGGGCGAUUUUCAUGAAGAGGAAGCAUCACGCGUGCUUCAAAUAGGGCUUCUGUGCACGCAAACGCAUAGGUCAUUACGGCCUUCCAUAUCGGAAGUAGUUCGGAUGCUAAGGGAUGACAAGAUUGUGAUUCCUAAAGCUAAACAACCACCAUUUCAGAAUUCUAGCCUGUUGGCCUCGGAUGACACAACCAAGUCUUCAGGAUCGAAUAGUUUUUCUUCGAAUUGGCAUUCGACUCAGGAUAUUGUAUCGACUGGAAGUGAGGACUUUGCAAGCGUUUUGAGUUCUCAAUCAAGAAUCACACUGCACUUCAAUGAAUGA